AUGACGCCGCGAAAAACCCGCCAACGACACCAGAACAGCACCGCGCCAGCUCAGCCAGCAGUCAUCCAAGCAUCCGACUACGAAUCCGAAGCAUACUACCAAGGACCCAUCACCACAAGAACAAACACCGAACUUAAUCUCUCCGUUCUACGUCACCAUGUUCCUUCCAUCCGGAGUAUUCUCUCUAUCGCGCCCUCAGCCCAGAUUUACACAUACUUACCAGCGACAACGUCAUGGAACAAGACCGAUAUCGAGGGCACGCUAUUCGUUUGCCAACUGGCCCCGUUACCACUCAGCGAUGCGCCACAAUACUGCAUAGUCGUUUUGAACCGAAAGGGGUUGGAGAAUUUGAUCGUUCAUAUGAAUGGGAUUGAGAACGUGGAGAUCACGGAGGAGUUCUUGAUUGUGGGUGUGCGGUCACUCGACCAUGGCCAACAGCAGAAUCUCGAGGAUGCAGAUAUGAAGGCGAUUGGGCUUUUUAUACACGCGGAUAAGCAGGAUACCAGGGAGGUUAAUUGUCGUCUGAUUAAGGAGAAGUGGGAGGAGGUGAGGCUGACGGGAAGUGGGAAUGCAGUCACCGAGCCAUCAAAUCUAGGCCCUAUGGUUGGGAGGAGAUUGAGUUUGACGGAUCUAUUUGGGCAGCAGGGAGUGCAAUAG